CAGUCUUCAGUUUCCUCACAAGGUUCUAAUUUACAGUUCUUAGACAAUCUAAAGUCAGCUCCUUCUUCUCUCUUCUGCUCCUUCUCUCUCUCUCUCUCUCUCUCUCUCUCUCAGCAGCACCAAGUUCUUGAUGAGUGAUUUUGGGCGCAUGGAGGACUGGGAUUUGCAAGCUGUAGUAAGAGGGUGCAUAAAUGAAGCCCAGCCUACAAUCUUUGGGAACCCAAAAUCUUGUUUUGCUCCUCCUUGUGCUGUAGAAGAUGACCUUUUAAGUUUUCCUGAAAUCAGUGAAACCGCAACGGUUUUAGACGAACUGGAUAAGCUUUACAAGCCUUUGAUCUACCCUGUCUUGCAACCCGUUUCCUCACAAACCAUCCUUGCCAGCUCCGUAUCCGUUCCAAAAGAUAUCAAACAACCAGAAAAGAAGCCCAGUAUAAAAGAACCAAGAAGAAGCAGGAAGAAUCAGCACAAAAGGGUGGUCGAACAUGUGACAGCAGCCGAGGGACUUUGCUCAGAUAUGUGGGCAUGGCGGAAAUACGGUCAGAAACCCAUCAAAGGAUCCCCAUAUCCGAGGAGCUAUUACAGGUGCAGCAGUUCAAAAGGGUGUCCAGCAAGAAAACAGGUGGAACGGAGCCCUUUGGAGCCGGGAGUUUUCAUUGUAACCUACACUUCAGAACACAACCACACCCGUCCAACUCGCCGAAACUCCCUUGCUGGCAGCACUCGGAGCAAGUUCCCAACACCUAAAAGAAAAAACAAUUCUCCAAGUUCUUCCAAAGUCCUUUCUCCAACAACACCUUUGAUGGCAUCCAUCGAGGAUGAGUUUGUGCAAAGUGCGAGCUUGAAGAAAGAGGCUGAGCAAAUGGUGCAAGAAAAUGGAAAUAAUGGCACUUUCAAUAUGCCUGAUAUGAUAUUUGAUAGCGAUCUAUUUCCAAGCCUUGAGGAUUUUGACGAACUGGCCCCGGAACCGGCCAUGGAUGGUUGCUUUCUGGAUCAAUUAUUAGAUAACUUUCCUGUACCUUGGUUCCUCGAGAGAUCCACAGCCGUAAGUGAUGGUCACUGACACGAAGGGCCAUCUGCACGCAGACAUACUCAAGCUGUUGCAGUUCUCGCCACAGAUUGAAACUGUAAUUUUAUUUUUCCUUCUUUUUUCUCUCAUCCGUUCUUGUUUUGUAAUUUAGAGUCCAACUUGGCUAAAAUGGCCUUUCAGGCACGGGACAAAGUCGUACGUUUGUGAAGAAUGUAGGGUAUAUCAAGAAAUUAAGUUGGGUUGAACGAUCCGACUUAACCAAACAUUACUGUAGAUCUACUUAAUUUCCACAAUCAUUAAAAUAAGGGUUAGGAAAACAUCAUCUCUAAUCAUUAAUUUUCUUUAA